AUGGGUAUGGAACCAAGAAUAAUUGUCAUCGAUCAAGAUCCAGCUAUGAAAGUGGCGAUUCCAAGAGUUUUCAAGCAAGCCAGGCAUCGCUACUGCAUGUGGCACAUUAUGUGUAAAGUUGGGGAAAAGGUGGGUCCUACGUUGAACAAGAAUGAGGAGUUCAAGAACAAACUGAACUCAAUCGUUUGGACGUCAUCUUUGGAACCUCCUGAUUUUGAGAAACUGUGGAGAAAGCUCAUUGAAAAUGCUCUUAAAUCACAAUGUAACACCAACGCAAAGCUCAACAGUGACAAUGAAGGUUACAAUCCAGAUAUGAAGACUCCUCUGGGGAUCGAAAAACACGCUUCAAUCGUCUACACCAUUACUAUUUUCUAUCAAGUUCAGGAAGAAAUAUGUGCCUCCUGUUUCAAAUGUAUAGUGUUGAGUGUUAGAGAAGACGGUGGAAUGCUACACUAUUAUAUUAUGGAUGGAAAGAACAAAAUAUUUACUGUGGUGCACAAUGUAAAUGACCAUGAGGCCAAAUGCGGUUGCAAGAUGUUUGAGAUGGUUGGACUGUUGCGUAGACACAUAUUUGUGGUCUUUAGAGACCUUGAAAAGAUCCCUCUGAGGUAUGUGGUUAAUCGGUGGACCAAGGAUGCAUCUUUAAAGGCUACAUUUGAAAUAGAUGAUGUCAUUUAUGAUCAGAAUGGACCAAAGGAUGAAAAGAAGAUGAUGCUGAACAAAUUGUGGGCAGAUGUACACUGUUGUAUUGAUCUAGCAGGUUCAAACAUGGAGCAAUUGGCUGCAUUUUCGCAAGUGAUUAAUGAACAGAAACAGCUGCUAAUGUCAGGAAAGGAAAAUUUAUCCCCUCAGCACAGCAGGAAGACUGUUAUAGAAUCCUUUUGUGGAUCAACAGAGAUUUCAGAGAUUUAA